GCCGUACAGGCUGCUCCUGGAUCAGCCGCUCAGCUUCCACAGAGUUCAACAAACUGUUUGCGUACCAGCCUCCCGUCAACGCUGCGUGUUUGCCCCAAACUGUGCUCGCAGGACUCGUAGCGGUGGAUUUUGUAUUAGCUGGACAACGUGGGGCAUGAUUCUCUGCGGUGGACAUCCUCCCUGAUGAGCAUUUUGUGUUUGGCGAAUAAGAGCAUCCAGCGCCUGGCUCCAGAUUGGUUCUUUACUGAGAUUUUCUAAGGAGAAGCUGCUCGUCACAGACAAACUGAGGUAUCGACUGCGCCUUGAGCCCAUGAAAACAGGAGCUGGGGAGAAAAGCAAGUCAAGUCAUCAUCUGUUUUACCUGUACAAAGACGAACAACAAAGGGAUCCGCAUGGGGCAGGGAGAGGCUUCAGCUCGGGGGACAACCAUGGAGGGGGACUGUCUCAGCUGCAUCAAGUACCUCAUGUUUGUCUUCAAUUUUCUCAUCUUUCUGGGGGGCUCAUUCCUCCUGGGAGUGGGAGUGUGGGUGCUGGUGGACCCCACAGGGUUCAGGGAAAUCGUAGCAGCCAACCCGCUACUUUUCACUGGUGUCUACAUCAUUUUGGGCAUGGGAGGCAUGCUCUUCCUCCUGGGCUUCCUGGGCUGCUGUGGAGCCAUUCGUGAAAACAAGUGUCUGCUCCUCUUUUUCUUCAUGCUCAUUCUGCUCAUCUUCUUAGCAGAGCUGGCGGCUGCCAUCCUUGCCUUCAUAUUCCGGGAGCAUCUGACCCGAGAGUACUUCACCAAGGAGCUGAAGAGUCAUUAUUAUGGCUACAACAACAGCGACGUCUUCACCUCCACAUGGAAUGCCAUCAUGACCACGUUUGACUGCUGCGGAGUGAACAGCCCAGAGGAUUUUAAGGACAGCCUGUUCAGGCUAAUCAACCAGAAUCACAUGGUGCCAGAAGCCUGCUGCCAGCGCAUCCUUCAGAACGGAGAGAGGGUCUAUUCCAGCCAGGAGCAGUGCUUAACAGGCAAUAUGAUGUUCCGCAAUAACAAGGGCUGUUACUCUGCCGUGGUCGACUACUUUGAGCUGUACAUCUACGUUGCUGGAGCCAUGGCUAUUGUAGUGCUCACCAUUGAGCUUUUUGCCAUGGUCUUUGCGAUGUGUCUCUUCCGGGGAAUCCAGUAGAAGUACGUCAUUUGCAGACUUCUUUUUUUCUUGAACAAAAAGGGAAUUCAGGAGAAAAGAACAAAGUGGACAUUUGUAAAUUUGUGGAUCUCCUUUUUUUAUUGUCUUAUUGGUUAAAAAAAAAAAAAAAAAAAAAGCAAACUCUUGUACUUCACAGCUGGACUCUUGAGGUACUGGGUGGCAAAAGAAAACCAGACACAGGAACCACUUAGAAAGUUUAAAAUCAAAGAUAAAAAAAAAAUGUUUGUCCGUAAAGUGAAAUCAGUAAUUUGUGGACCAGGUCUAGCACAGACUGGGUGUGAAGCAGGCCGAGGAGGAACACCAGGUGGAGCCUGAGCAGAAGGCACUGCACUGACUUUUGGAUGAAGAAUAUUUAUAUAAGAGUUGCGAUGGCUUAACUGUAUAAACCGUGUUUCAUGUGCACUCUGAAUGGUAACCUGUCCCAUUUUCUUACUGUAUACUGUAAGUAACCUCCUUCCUCCACAUGCCCUUUUUUUACUGCUACAUCUCUCAAAUGCUGUAUCAUGAUGUAGGCUCUCAUAUCAGUGUGUGUGUGUGUGUGCUGGAUGUUUGCGAGCAUGUGAACUCCCUCCAUGACCCCUGCCAAGCCAACAAAAAAAAAUUCUGUUCAUAUGGUGAUUGUUUAUUGCAUUAGAAAUGUGGUUUUAGGUGGUGACAUGUUUGUGUAUGAAUUUGUAUUAGAUUGUUGAAAGGUCUGUGAUAUAAAUGGCAUUUUAAAUUA